UGUGUGUGUGUGUGUGUGUGUGUGUGUGUGUGUGGCUAAAUGUGCUUUUCAAAGUGCUGAGAGGUUGAUGGGAAUGUUUGAUUAGCUCCUCUGAGAAAAGAGAAAAGUUGCUUGGACCUCUCCUUGUUUCUUCUUUAGAAUAAUUUGGAUGGAAUUUGUGAUGCAGAAAAGCUUAAGGAAAAAAGGAUAUCCAUUCUGUGUGGUGGAAAAUUUUUGAAAAAAAAUUGCUUUCUUCAAACAAGGGUGCCAUUUUGAUAUUUAUGGGGAUUGUUGUCCUCACUAUGAAGGCAUCUGUUAUUGAAAUGUUCCUUGUUUUGCUGGUGACUGGAAUACACUCAAAUAAAGACACGACCAAGAAGAUUAAAAGGCCCAAGUUCAAUGUGCCUCAGAUCAACUGUGAUGUCAAAGCUGGAAAGAUAAUCAAUCCUGAGUUCGUUGUAAAAUGUCCAGCAGGAUGCCAAGACCCCAAAUACCAUGUUUAUGGCACAGACAUCUAUGCGUCCUACUCCAGUGUGUGUGGUGCUGCGAUUCACAGUGGUGUGCUUGAUAAUUCAGGAGGGAAAAUACUUGUUCGGAAAGUUGCUGGACAAUCUGGCUAUAAAGGGAGUUAUUCCAAUGGCAUCCAGUCGCUGUCCCUGCCACGCUGGAGAGAGUCCUUCAUCGUCUCAGAAGGUAAACCCCAAAAGGAUGUAACCUACCCGUCGGCUCUUACAUAUUCAUCCUCAAAAAGCCCCACUGCCAAAACAGGUGAGGCCACAAAGGCCUAUCAGAAGCCAUCAGUUCCAGGAACGACUGCACAGCCAGUAACCCUGAUGCAGGUAACGGGAGCCACUGCCAGCGAAGCCAGCCACACCAGUCUGCCAAAGCCAUCCCCAUCUGCAGUUUCUACCACCAGCAGCCUCAGAUCACAGCCCAUGGGCCACAGGAGCUGGGAGCUGGAUCUCUGGUCUACCAGCAGCGAUGCAAGUGGCCAAAACAGCCCCCGCGCCAAUGCAGGGGAAAUGGACUUGUGGAAACCUGGAUCGGUCCUUUUAGAUGCAGGAUUUGUUCCAAAAGAAGAAUUAAGCACACAGUCUUUGGAGCCAGUAUCCCAGGGAGAUCCAAACUGCAAAAUCGACUUGUCAUUUUUAAUUGACGGGAGCUCCGGCAUUGGCAAACGUCGAUUCCGAAUCCAAAAGCAGUUCCUGGCUGAUGUUGCCCAAACUCUUGACAUUGGCCCUGCUGGUCCACUGAUGGGUGUUGUUCAGUAUGGAGACAACCCUGCUGCCCAAUUUAAUCUCAGGACUCACAUGAAUUCCCGGGAUCUGAAGACUGCCAUAGAGAAAAUCACCCAGAGAGGAGGGCUUUCUAAUGCAGGCCGGGCCAUCUCCUAUGUGACCAAGAACUUCUUUUCCAAGGCUAAUGGGAACAGAGGCGGGGCUCCCAAUGUGGCAGUGGUGAUUGUGGACGGCUGGCCCACAGACAAGGUGGAGGAGGCUUCGAGGUUCGCAAGAGAGUCAGGAAUCAACAUUUUCUUCAUCACCAUCGAAGGUGCCACUGAGAAUGAGAAGCAGUAUGUGACAGAGCCCAACUUCUCGAAUAAGGCUGUGUGCAGGACAAACGGCUUCUACUCGCUCAACGUGCAGAGCUGGUUCAGCCUCCACAAGACCGUGCAGCCGCUGGUGAAGCGGGUCUGUGACACUGACCGCUUGGCCUGCAGCAAGACGUGCCUGAACUCCGCCGACAUCGGCUUUGUCAUCGACGGCUCCAGCAGCGUGGGGACGGGCAACUUCCGCACCGUUCUCCAGUUUGUGGCCAACCUCAGCAAGGAGUUUGAGAUUUCAGACACAGACACGCGAAUCGGGGCGGUUCAGUACACCUACGAGCAGCGGCUGGAGUUUGGAUUUGACGAUUACAAUACCAAGUCCGACAUCCUCAAUGCCAUCAAGAGGGUGGGAUACUGGAGUGGUGGCACCAGCACGGGGGCUGCCAUCAACUAUGCCCUGGAGCAGCUCUUCAAGAAGUCCAAGCCCAACAAGAGGAAGUUAAUGAUCCUCAUCACUGAUGGGAGGUCCUAUGAUGAUGUCCGAAUACCAGCCAUGGUCGCCCAUCACAAGGGAGUGAUCACCUAUGCAAUAGGUGUUGCAUGGGCUGCACAGGACGAGCUGGAAGUCAUCGCCACUCACCCUGCCAACGACCACUCUUUCUUUGUAGAUGAGUUUGACCACCUGUACAAAUUUGUCCCCAAGGUCAUCCAGAGCAUUUGCACAGAGUUCAACUCACAGCCUCGGAACUGAAUUCAGAGCAGGUAAAGCACCAGUAAAUGCUGCUUUCCCAACGGGCUCUGGUGCAACCCCCAAUGCUUUAUGGGGCAGCAGGUCAUGUAGGGCUUAGAGAACGGAUGUGCUAUUAUUAUUCUCUGCCAGUGUGGUUUUGCAUGCUUCAAGAAUUGAGGUGAGGAAGAUGAUCAUAAGUUUAUAGAAUGAGGCGAAAUGAUACAUCAUUUUGAGGGUGCUGGGGAUUUACAUUUUGACAAUUGUUUUCAAAAUAAAUGUUCAGACUAGAGUACAGAACUUAGGACAGGCUUAACUAGAGUUUUGGUGAGGUUUUUUUCCAUUUUUAUUUCUAAUUAGGAUUCUGUAAUCCUCAACAAAUUUCACUUUUACUAUGGCAGUAUAGGACUUGCUUAAUUAAGUAUUUUAAAGGGUUACAUGCAAUCAUUCUGACUGUGUCAGGGAGAGAUGGAGAGUGUUCACAGGGUUUGUGGCAGGACCGCUCUCCACACUUCUCAUUCCCAGAGCACCUGCUACACACUCACUCCCAGCCCACAGUAACAACACAACCAUGGGCAUGCAGAGAAAAUGUGGCAGCAGCAUAGCCACUCCUGAUUUACCUCCUCUUCUCUAUUAUCUGAUUCACUGUAUACUGCAUCCUAUAGCUUUAGGAGCAGUUGAGGAACGGCCCUGGAGGAUCAAGGUGAUCUGGCCCAAUAGCAGUGCAUGAGGCUGCUGCUCUUAGCCCAAGCUGCAAACUUAGAAUCUCUUGGGAGACUAUGAUGCUGGUUCCCAGGCCCCAUUCCAAUAGCUAUGGAAUCUGGAUCUAUGGGGCUGAAGCCUGAGCAGUGGCAUGUUUGAAGAGCUGUCUGGUAACAUUGCUGUGCUGCCAUGGAUGGAGAACCACUGAGCUACUUCUGAGCGGUCAGUGUGAUAGCGAUUUCCUGGGAGAGCCCCUGUUUAUGCCUGUUGUCUUGGGUCCCACCCAGUGUUCGCAUUUGCGCUGCAUUUGUCAUUUGUUAACCAGAUUGUAUCAUUAAUAGUUGCGUUACAAUAAGCCAGGACGGGGUUUAGUUGAGCUCCACUUUUUAUUUCCAGCUUCUGCCAAGGAUUCAUCUAUUAGGAUAUGAAGUCUGUGUGUGAUGGGGGGAGUGUUCAAAAUAAUCAUUAAUAAAGAUGACUUACUUAACAAAUCA